AUGAAUUUCAUAACAAAACAAAUUGAAAAGAAAGUUGGUAUCGAUUUAAAUGGUGAUGGUGUCAUUGGUUCAGGUCGCCAGGGAUAUGGUGGUGGCUACGGACAAGCUCACGGUGCUGGAGGUGGUAUGAUGAAUCAAUUAGAAAAAGUUACACAUAUGGAUCUUAACGGCGAUGGACGUGUUGGUGGUGGUGCUGGUUAUGCCCCACCUCCUAACCAAUAUGGACCUCCUAGUUAUCCUCCGCAAUAUAAUCAAUACUGUGGUCCACCGGUUCCUCCAAAUUAUGGUGGCCCUGGUUACCCUCCGAACUAUAAUCAAUAUGGUGGUGGUUAUGCUCCACCACCAAUGAAUCAAUACGGUGCACCCGGCUAUGCACCUGCUCCAUAUCAAGGGGGUGGUAUGGGUGGUGGAUUGAUUAAUCAAUUAGAAAAAGUUACACAUAUGGAUCUCAAUGGUGAUGGUCGUGUUGGUGGCUCUGGUUAUCGCCCACCUCAAAAUCAAUAUGGUCCUCCCUAUUGA